AUGGAUAGUGAACAUAAAACAACAGAAACAACAGAGAUGAAAAGAGGUAUAUUCAUAUUGUUUGAAGGUGCUGAUAGAGUUGGUAAAUCAACACAAGUUCAAUCAUUGUUUGGUCAUCUCUCAACUACACUCGGUUUGCCCACCAAACAGUUGCGAUUCCCCGAUAGAACUACACAGACCGGUACAAUCAUUAACAGUUAUCUUCAAAACUCAACACAAUUAGAUGAUAGAGCACUUCAUCUUUUAUUCUCUGCAAAUCGUUGGGAAUCAAAGGAUACAUUAUUAAAACAUUUGAAUGAAGGUAAUAGUUUGGUUGUAGAUAGAUAUUCAUAUUCAGGUGUGGCAUAUAGCGCCGCCAAAGGUAUUGAUUUCGAUUGGUGUUUCGGUUGUGAGAAAGGAUUGCCAGCACCAGAUUUGAUAUUCUACUUGAAGAUGGACACUGAAGACGCUACAAAGAGAGGUGACUAUGGUAAUGAACGUUACGAGAAGGUAGACUUUCAAAAGAAGAUCAAAGAGGUCUACGAGUCUAAAUUGGUCAACAGCUCAUGGAAUGUCAUCAACGCCAAUCGGCCAAUCGAAGAAGUUUCAAAAGAGAUCAACGAAAUAGUAGAUCGUUCCAUAAAGAAUGGUAUUCAAAAUAAACCAAUUCAAUGUAUAUAA